AUGCCCGCAUCGAGCAAAAUGCGCAUCCUCAAGUCAACCAGCCUCUGUGUGCUGGGCACACUUGCUCUUAUUCGCAGUACACAUGCACACUCCUGGAUUGAAGAGUUCCAAGUCAUUGACAGCAAUGGCUCGUACAUCGGCGAUCGUGGCUACCCUCGUGGUUACAUGGCUCGUACUGAUGCCGGCUACAAUGGCUUUACGAUGGACUACCUAGUCCCACAAACUGGUGUCCGCAUCACAUCCACUGAUGCGCUCUGCCAUCCUGCGCAGCGUACCUCGAACUACACCAACCCGGCGUACCCGAAACUCCAAGUCACUCCUGGUAGCUACGUUGCUAUGAAGUACCUGGAGAACGGGCAUGUCACGCUUCCUUGGAACCAACUUGGCAAGCCUGCUGGCGGCGGGACAGUCUUUGUCUACGGCACUGCCCAGCCAUCGAACAACGAGCAGAUUGCUGAUGUCUUGAACUGGUCUACUGAUGGUACCGGUGGCAACGGUAAGGGCUUCUUGAUGGCCGCACAGAACUUCGACGAUGGUCGAUGUCAUCAGAUCAACUGUGGCAAUAUCUCGAUUGCUCGUCAGACUCUUUUCCCAGCACAUGUUGCUGGUCAGCCCAGCUCCAGCGUUGAGCAGUGGUGUGAGACUGAUCUGAAGAUCCCCACCACUGUCAAGCCUGGUAGCCUUUCGGUAUACUGGAUCUGGCAAUGGCCCACUGAGCCUGGUCAUGAUUGCACACUCGCUGAAGGCAAGGACGAGUACUACACAACGUGCUCAGACUUCGAUGUCAUCGCCAACACAGGGAAUGAUGCCGAUGCAGCGAUAGUUGCCGAGACCAAGCUCACCAACACUCUUGCUCAGGAGAACCCUCAAAGUACGGCUGUCUCCGACUUCCAAAGCCGCAUGGCUUUCACGGCCUCGCCUGCCGUCAUCAUGGUGAGCGGCACGAGCACCAUCGGGCAAUCAACAACUGCCGCAUCCAGCUUCUUGGCCGCUUGCUCCGCCAAUGGGAAUGCCAACGCCAAGCCGAAUGCAAAUUUCCCGGCCAACUGCCCAGCAGUCACUGACUUUGGUGGUGCUGCUUCAUCUUCUGCUGCAGCUGCCAUCAAGCAGUAUGCUACGACCAUCGGCAUAGCUCCCGCUGUUGUUUCGACUGGUACGCCGAGUGCUGCACCGAGUAUUUCAUACCCAGCGAGCGCUUCCGUGACAAGCUCUGCAACACUGAGCGCGACUGCUGCCUCUUCGACGCAGCUCUGGUCCAGCAACAGUCACGCUUACGCUUACAACGACCGUCUAUACGGCUUCUUCUUCUGCUUUGAGCACGCCAGCUUCGAGCUUGAUACCGAGCUCAACAUCAAGCUCAGCUCCGAGCAGCUCUAA